AUGGCAUGGAUAUGUUGGGCGGAACAGUUGGAGGUGGGCGACCAAGUGUGGCACCAGCGCUGCAAGGGGGAUGAUGUGCGUGCAACGGUGGCACAGAUCUGCUUGGUGUCUGGCACUUGCUGGGUGGAGUACAACCUCCCAACAGGACAGCGGCGAAGCUUGCUGCGUCUAGCAGAGCUAUUCCAGCUCAACCAGACGAUUGAGGUCGAGUCUGAUGAAUCUGAUGAGGAGGAAGAUCCUGGCAACGCUCUGGAUGUCAUGUCAGAGGUGUUCCAAAUCAAACCCGAGAAGAUCUACCGGCAGGAGACUCGUUGGAAUCCGCAUGCGCCAAAAGACUCCUUCUCGAAGCCUUGGAGAGAACAGGCUAUCGCUGAGGCCAUUACAGCAUCGGAGUUGCAAGAAUGGGAGCUUGAAAGGAGGGAAGCUGAACAAUCCCUGGAGCGAGAAUUUUUGGAAGAGCACCAGCAGCUGCAUCAGGAGCAACGAGAACGAUGGAGCAGGCGUUUGGAUACGCAGCAAAGGACACUUCAAACUGCCGUGGAUGAAAUCAAAAGCGACAUGGACAUCUUGAAGGAGCAGUUGUACGCCAACCACCAGGACAUUGAGGUCAGUUUCUCCGACUAUGAAAACCUCUUUGAGGAGCGGGAGAAGAUCGAUGAAGCGCGGGGAGACUUUGAGAAGGAACAGGUGGCAAAACAUCAGGAGUUGGUCCAGCGCGCACAGGACUUGUCAAAAGCUGAUGCGGAGGAAAUCAUUCAACAAGAGACACUGGGCCUGGUCGAAGACGGGGACAUCCAGUCAAAAGUGCUUGCCCUUCAUAAGGAUUAUCUGGAGUACUUUUCAGAGACUUCGCGGAGACGGAUCGAUUUGAGCCAGAUUGAAGUCUUCCAGGAGCAGGAACAUGGAAUCACAUUGCGGUUGAUUGGAGGUCACCUCUUGGAGCUUCAGAUACCUCCAGAGUCCCGAGAAAAGUGGCUGGAUGCGCUGCAGCCACUGAUUAAGAGAAGCAAGGAUGAAGCUGUGUCAACUGAAGAUCCACCCCUGCCUGCCCCGCUUCAGCUGCAAGUGGACUUGCAACAUGGGCAGCCGUCUCCAAGAAAAUUGGAGGAUAUAUAA